AUGGUGCCAUCCAUCCCUCAACUACUGCUUGAGCUUCCGGUGGUUUGUGUUAGUGAAAAUCAUUUACUGAAUGGUCGCCUUACUUUGUCCGUUAAAGAUGCAACCGCUACCGCGCAGUCAUAUUACGGUGCUGUGGAGAAGUACUUGCAAGGUAGGGAACCCCAUCUGGACUUGGAAAAAGAUGUUGUCCCAGCCAUUGACUUUGCCCUGCGUCUUUUUAACGCGGAGAACUUUAGUGGGGAGUUAGUGCCAGCGGAGCGGGAGCAGCUGUCUACCGUGCUGGAUCGCUACGCCACCGUUGACACGCUGCACGAGCGCUAUGUACAGCGUUUGUUAAUGAGCGAUGGUGAAAUGCCUCAUCCCUGUGUGCGACUUAGUAGGAUGUUGCUGGCUGUUCUCGCUACUGCGUGCAGUUCGGUGAAGCAUGCCGGACAGUCACAGCCGCAACCGCUGCUGCCUUACACCUCCGUUUGGCGUCUGCGUUGUCACAUGCGUCACCAGCUAAUCAUGCAGCACCGUGCCCACUCAAUAUUUCUUCACCUCUCGUCUUGCGUGGAUGCUGCCCUCGCACUGCCAGACGAAUCACUUACGGCUGAACAUCUGCUGGAAGUCGGCCACGUGCAGAACUAUUACCAUCAACGUGAACUAGCAGCGGAAGUGUUUUGGCGUGCGGCGAGGAAAAGCGGUUUAUCAGUCAGCGAAGACACCAUGGUUGGCGUGCGAACCCGGUGGCAACAACAGCGGAUGGUGCAGAUGGUCGUGAACGCCAGCAGCCAGGUUCCCUUUGCUGCUCCAAUAUCCGAAAGUGACGCAACUGGAGGUGAUGUGCCCCUAGCUGUGAUGAGCGAAAAAGAUGGACAUGAUUUACUGGAUCGACCCCGCGAAGCGGCUGAGGCUCCGGUGGCCGAAUUGCAAGCGCUGCAACCACUGGAUAAGGCUAUCAUGCUCGCUUUGUGUAUAGAUAUACGGAACACUAAUCCAUAUCAUGGGCUGACGCAGCACCGCAUGCAGACGUACGUAGAGCGGCUUCUGUCUGAUCCAGUUCCCGCACCUUUCAUCAUACAGUGCCAAACACUGUUGCUGCGAGCUCGCCUAGAGCGAGGUCGGAACCGAGUUCAGGAGCGUGCCUUCAUGCAGAUGACUGAGCUAGUGGACCAACAUUCGGCCGGUCGUGAUCCCAACCGCGCGACGUUUCACAGAACAGAUAGCGACUACUUUUACAGUGUUGCCUAUCCGUCAAUUUGGCAAUUGCGAAGUGAGUAUGCUGACUUCUGCUUCGAUGAGAGCCUUGUGAAAACGGCACUCGACGCUUAUGAGCAGGUGCAAGACUGGGAGAACAUCAUAAAAUGUUGUAAAGUUCUUGACAAGAGGAGGAGGGCAGAAUCCCUAGCGCGAGACCUGUUGGAGUCUGACCCCUGCAACCCACUUUUGUGGGUGGCAUUGGGGGAAGCCACGAGGGAAGCCGAGCACCUUACGAAGGCAUGGGAAUUGUCUGACCAUCGAUCUGCGGCACCCAUGCGAGCUCUGGCGCGGUUGGCACUCGAGCGUGAAGAAUAUGAGCGGGUUGUGGAAUGUUUCGAUGAGGCAGUGCGUCUCAAUCCAGUGUUUGGUGGAGACUGGUUUGCCUUAGGCUAUGCUGCAAUGCAAUUAAAGCGAUGGGAACGCAGUGGUGAAGCCUUCACUCGCGUCUGUCAGAUUCAACCCAACGAUGCGUACGCGUGGAAUAACCUAGCAUCAGUACUGCUUCGCACAGGGAAGCUUCGUCCCGCAUUUAAUGCGAUGAACCAGGCACUGCGCAACAACCGGAGAGACUGGCGGAUGUGGCAAAACUACUUCGCGAUUGGGUGUGAAUUGAAGGAGGUAACUGAGACAACAAAUGCUCUCAACGUGUUGCUGGACAUUGCCCAACGUAACGUUCAUCUAGAGCGCGGUUCGCUGAACCGCUUUGUGGAGAAUGCCAUUGCGUAUAUGGAAGGACGGAUACCCGCAAGUUGCAAAGAUCAACAGAUGACAGAAGAAGAUCAAGAACAGGCGGUGGAGCAGGAAGCAGAAAAUAGAGACGAAGGUGGGAGGAUGCACCGAGCGGCUGUCACUAACACCUCGGCUACCCGCAUGGGUGUGGAAGAUGACAGCAUCGCCACCAAUGGAAAUCAUGUUAAUCCUUCUGAUGAAGAUGCGAUGUGUGAUAUUGUGCCAUUGUGUGCGGAUAUUGAUUUACCAGACAUGUGUUCUCCAUCUACUAAUGCGGCAGCUGCGGAGGAAGCUGAGCGCGUGCGUGAAGGUGUAAUUAGCCGAUAUAAGUUCCGUUUGCGUGAGACAUUUAAACGGAUCAUCGACCUAUUUGUGACGGAUCCGGACAUAUACGCCUGUGCGGCGAAGCUUCUACGAUACAUGGAUGGACCGCUAACUGCUUACGAAAUGCGGCAGAAGGAACUUCGGUGUUGUCAGCAAAAGGACCAAUGGGAGCGCGACACUGCACGAUUUGCACGGACAUGUGAAUGUCUUAAUGAUAUGUCUAGGGAUUUGUUGGAUGCGGUUGAUUAUUGUGGGGAUAGUGUGGAUAAUUUGAAGAAGAACAAUAUUGUAACGGUUUUAAGUGACACGGUGAAUAACGUUAUAGCCGCCCUUGAAGCGUCAGAGGAGUACAUGGAAGAAACGGCAGAAUACAAGCAACUGCGCGGCGAGCUUCUCCCACGUAUGCGAAAAGCUCUUAAGGAGACCAAAACUCGCAUUAUGGCCGACUGA